UUCCAGAUCCCAGUCGACACGCGGCGAUCUGGCCCCCCUUCCAGAUCCCGAUCCCCCGGACCCCUCGCCGCGGCCGAUGCGACCCGUGGCGCCCCCGCGCUCCCGAAUCGGACGACGAUCCAGCUGACGCCCGCCUCCCGCUCCUGCGACGCGCCCGGAAAUUCGUCCCGAAUUCGAUGGGCUCCUCCGGAUUGCCGCGCUCGCAGCGCUCCUCCUUACCUUCGCCCUGCUACCGGACCCUGCGGCGGCGGCUAGGGUUUUGCAGGGCAAGAAGCCCGGCUCCGGCGAGGGAGCUCCUGCACUUACCCUCGCUACAGGCGGAUCUAAGAAGAGUGGCACCUCCAAACAACUUGAUCAAUCAUCAACUGCUCUGCAGAACCCUGAGACCGGUAAAGAGCACCGAUUCAAUUGGACAAUUUUUUGUAGUCCAGAAUACUGGCGAGAAAAAAGUAACAGUUGGCGUCCAAGCAACAUCAGAUAUAAGUAGUAAGCAGACAUUGCUACCUCUCAGCAAGGGUGAAUCUAAAAGGGUUAACAUAAGCUAUAGCAGUCCAAAUGGUGGAGAGGCCUUACUGCUACUAAAAUAGGCGAAAUAAAUCUUGCUGCUACUGGAAAGGAUCGUAUGGACAACUAGAAGCAGGAAAUAACGAUCGAUUUAUACACAACAUUGGAGAUGGAAAAUGAUAUAAUUGAUGAGCGAGCCCCUCAGAUAGAAAAGAACCAUUUAGUAUUCUAGCCUUACGCU